GACCCAACUCACCCUGAUACCCAGCCCCUUAACCAAUCUCAACACCAAACCCUAGACCAAAAUCUCAGUCACGAUCCACAGUCCAGACCAUCACGUGACAAGAAGCCAGUCCCACACGAGCGGUGAGACUCCGGUGAGCUCUCCGGUGAAAGUGAAGAAAGGUGGAUACUAUAGCGCUUCAUACGAACUCAACCCACACUAUAAAACCCGACACUCGACUCUUCUCGUCUUCUCCAGUUCCACAUUUCAACAGUAUUCACCGUUUGGCGCUCUCUCUCUCUACUUUUAACAACUGGGCAAGGGAGAUUCGGAUUUUUGCUAAAAAUGUCUGGAGAUUCCUGUGCAGAGCGUCCUUUAUUCGGUGGCGCAAUAGCUAGCACGUUUCCACUUAGGUUUCAGGAUGUGAGUAACAUUCGACAAGUACCAGACCAUCAGGAGGUGUUUGUGGACCCUGCAAGGGACGAAAGCUUGAUAUUUGAGCUCUUAGAUUUGAAGCAUGAUGUUACAGAUAACGGAAGUGCCACCUGGUUUCUUCAAGACCUUGCCACAGAGCAAGAUGCUGAAGGAAGCAUGCUAAUUGAGCAAUCUGGAGUUGUUGAGGCUAAUGGACUGCGUUUCAGAAACAUGCCUGCAGUCGUUACAACUGCAGUUGGCCAAAUGGCCAUUUCAAAAGGACGCCAAGGAAGGGAAGCACAAAAUAUAGUAAGGGUGUAUUUGGCGAAUCUUCGACUCAAGGAAGUUGGUACUGAUGUACUAAUUACUGCAUAUGAGCCCAUCUUGAUAAGCCCUUUGAGUGAAAGCGCUAGCGUAGUUGGUGCUGGUUUGGCUGUACCUGCUGCUCAAUCUGGAUGCAUGCCAAUGGCCGAGGUUUUUAAACUUGCGGUCUCUAGUUUCAAAGUUAAUGAUUGGAGCCUUUUCGGUGCUGCUGCUUGAGAAUUUCCAGGAGAAGGAUGGCUUCAAACACAUACAAUUCUCAAUGGUACUGCUGCAAUGGUCAGGCAGUUGUGAAUCCAACUCUAGGACUUUUUAGGAGUGGUUUUGUAACUUCUGCAUUGUCAAUUUCCAUUUGGAAGAGUUUGAUUUUUUAUUUUUUUGGCUUCCUCACUUUGUGCAAGCAUUUGGUCUGACCAACUUAUGUGGUCUUGUAUGUAAAAUAUCUGUUAAUUUUGGUGGUCAUGUGCUGUGAUUCUUCAAAUAAUUUGUGUAAAUGUUUUCUUGGGUCUGAGUUA